GAAAUUUUUCACCUAGCUACAUGGACCAAAACAAAGUAAAAAUAGUACAGAAAGUUGCCAAGAAAAAGUAAAAGCAACCAACUAUUAUGGAGUUUAAAGCCCAAAUAUUGAAGAAAUUGAGCUCCUUGCCACAAUCGCUUGAUAUUCUCCAUCACGUAAUCGAUAACUGGAUCCUAUUUCAGCGGAAGUCGUUUGAGCAUUAUGAUGACACAGGCGAUCCUUACAUCAGUCAAAUAUUUUUGAUUGAGAUAUCAACGGGUCGAUACAUUCACCGAUCCCAAGGCCAGAAGGUGGACCAGGGAACAUCCCUCGACUUAGAUGUAUUGGCCUCAAAACUGGCCCAUGUGUUUAAUGACACCAAACCUUGUCGUGGGUUUCCCCUCCAGAAUGACAUGGACACAUCAGAAUUCUUGAUGGUCUUGAAUUAUCCUUACCAGAGACAGGCUUCCAAAGAGUGUCAGUUCUACUUUGAUGUCUCUAGCGUCAAAAAUGAGUCCGAUCAUGACGACACGUUCCACUUUCUGGGGCUAUGUGGUCCUUGUCAAGAGACCUGGCAGGAUAUUGAUCCGGUGAUAAUGAAGAUAGAAGACUAUCCCUCUCUUGGAAUCAAUGCCAGCGAAGACCUGAUGUCGUCUCAGAGUUCAUUUAAGAUAGAUGAAGAAGAUAGUUCCAAUCCGACUCUAGUGAACUUCGAUUACGAGGUAUUGAAUGCCAAUGAAGAAGAUCUCUGGUCAAGCACCGACAGAAAUACUAAAUCAGUGGUUGAUUCUGGUAUCAUUGGCGAAGAUGAAACUUCUUCUACGCAGAAACCAAACUACGAGGUCACGAGCAUGGAUGAAGAAGCAAGUAAAGGUCGACGGUACACAUGUAAAUGUUGUUCCUUACAUUUUGACACACCCGCGGAGUUGUUGAGACAUCGGAGGGUUCAGAAGCUGAAAAGAAGAGCCCAAAGGAAAGUAGGUUGUCUAGACUGCGACAAUAGCGAUAUCGUGACUUUCAAGCAACUAGCAGACCAUGUGGCCAAAGAGCAUCCCGACAAGUUGGAAGAAUACGAGGUAUAUCAGCCCAAAGACCAGGAUCCCAGUGUCAUGAAAGAGCCUUUGAAGUGCAUCAUUUGUGAUUUCAUGAACAAUGGUGGUGUAUCAAAUUUCCGACACAGAGAACUCUACCAUGAUUUGGGCAGUCAUGUGUGCAACGAGUGCCAAGAACCCAAUCUGACCUAUUACGAUCUCAUGAUUCAUAACUAUCAGAAGCAUCAUAAACCGACUGAAUAUCUGCGGCCUAGCCUGUUCGGAUUGGAUAUCAUCACUCAAGCCGAUGGCAAAAUUCAGUUCAAAAAGAUGUCCAAGUCGCAAUGCAGUUUGUGCUCAAAGGUCUACAAGAAGGAUUAUGGUUUGAUCACUCAUAUGCGAUGUCAACACUCCUGGGGUAUGUUCAAUUGCAGCCCUUGUGGUGAGUCGUGUCAUUACUCCAAAGACCUGUCAGCACACGUGCUUCAGUUUCAUGGAGAAAAUCCCGUGAUCAAGUGCCCGAAUUGUCUCCAAGACUUUACUUUGAAAGAGAACUAUGAUGUGUUUAACACCCAUUAUGAGACCUGUCUCCUCCACAUUCAGAGUGAGAGGAAACAUAAAUCCCCAAUAGGUCAAGUGACGAAGCAUCAGGACCCGUUUCAAUGUGAUAUUUGCGGCAAAAGCUAUAGUGUGAAGCGGAAUUUGGAUCUUCAUAUGGACGCCCAUCAAGGGAUUCUUCGAUUCAAGUGUGCUUAUUGUGAGUUUGGCACUAAUCAUAAACAUGUCAUUGAAGAUCAUGAGGGAUCACACCUGGCCAAACGCGCUCUUACGGAUGGGACUAGUAGAGAUUUAUUGCAUCAAUGUGAACAAUGUGGAAAGCAAUUGAGAAGUGCCAAGCUGUUGAAACGUCAUGUCCGUGUAGUGCAUGAGGGAAAAAAGCCAAGUUUCCAAUGCAAAGAUUGCGGUGAAUUCUUUAAACACUUUGUGGCCCUCUA